AUGGCAGUUGUACCUCCUGCUUCAGUUCAGAAGCAAGCGAAAAGAGAAGUAUCUCAAAAGAAGAAAGAAAGAUUGGCAUUAGCUGUUUCACAAUCUAGAAAAGAAAAAGAACUUGCUAAAAUACCAAGUAAGCUUGCAAUCUCGAGACAAAAUGAUGUUCGUGAAUCGUCUUUGAGAGCGUGGUCGAAAAGACCAAAGGACUAUGUUAAUGGUCAUCAUGAACAGCUCAAAAUACCCUAUGUUAUGGAAACUGUCAUCAGUGAUUAUUGUUUAAUGAUGAGUGAAUCUGGGGAUCCAGUUUCAUCGAAAGAAGUUCUUUUAAUUGCAAAUAAAUUCUUAGAGGAACUAAAUAAGGAUGUGGCAGAACAGUCUUUAAUAAAUGGAGAGCCAUAUGUUAAAGAGACUUUGGGAAAGUAUUGGUUUCAACAAUUUGAAUUGCGUCAUCCUGAAUUAAAGAAUGCAUUUGUUAAACCAGUUACCAGUGCACGAGUCUUUUCAAAUGAAUAUGAAAUUUUUAAAAAAUGGUUUGAUACAUUUAAUCGAGUUAUCACCGAUUAUAAUAUUAAAGAUGAUAAUAUUUAUAAUAUGGAUGAAAUUAAUGUUAAAUUAAGUUUUAAAUCAGAUGAUUGGAAAUUAAUUAAAUCAACUGAUAAAGAUAAGAAAUAUAAAAUAGAUGGUGAAGAUAAUUCUGAUUCAGAUUAUGUGACUUUAUUAGAAACAAUAUCAAAAUCUGGUAAAGUUCUUGAACCUUUGGUACUUUUCAAAGGUCAUCACCUUCAUGAUGAUUGGUUCAUACCGAAAGGAACAGAACUUUCCGACUCUAUGAUACCACACUGGCUCUAUCAUCAUGCGCCUAAUGGUUUCACAACAGAAUCAAAUGCAGUUGAAUGGUUAAGGCAAAUUUUCAUUCCCCAAUCUAAUGCUGGUCCAAAUUCUGAAAAAGUUGUUUUGGUAUUGGAUAAUCAUUUUUCUCAUGAAACACCAGAAUUUAGACUUGAAUGUUUGAAGAACAAUAUAAUUCCACUUUAUUUACCUCCACAUGGAUCUCAUUUAACUCAACCUUUAGAUCAAAUAACAUUUCAACAAGUGAGAAACAAUUAUAGAAGAAAUUUGGUUGAAGAAAAAUCAGAUGAAUAUGGUUUUAAAAUUAAAAAACAUGAAUUUAUUAAAAGCUAUGAAUUUGCAAGAAAGCAAGGAUUAAAAUCAACUCUUGUAAAAAGAGCAUGGGAAAUUGCAGGCUUGUCUAGUAAAGGAUGUGAAACUAUAUUACAAAAUUCAAAAGAUGCAAACAGGUCGAUAGUUCUAUGA